AUUGUUGAGUUACACUGAACAUUUGUUACAUCACAAAAACGGAACUCACCACGUUCUUGUCUAUAUUUGUUUCAGAAAAAGGUACAAAUACACAAAAGUAUUUUCACAGCAGCCAUUUUGAAAUGGCAAAUGCACAACUGUUCAGGGACCACACAAGGGUACAUGGCUCAAUUCCACUAAACCACCGCACUUCGUUCCUGCUCAGUGAAACUGAACUCUCACCUUCUUUUGCCUUCAGUGUAAUAGUAAGGUAAACAUGCUUAUAUGCAAUUUUUAGUAUUACCGCUCACUGUGAUCACUGUGUUUUUUUUGUUUGUUUGUUUUUUGUUUUUGUUUGUUUUUUUGUUUUUAAGGUGACCUGGGUGACUGACAACUUAAAGAGACAACUGUUACUCGUCCAUUUUAAUGAGUGGGGACAAAGAAAACAUACACAUCUACUCUUCAUACGGCACUGGGGCCAUCAACGUCCAUAAGAUUAGUGUAAAGAUUGUACGUAAAUGCGGCUGAGAAUACCGACGACUCUUCGCUAUAAAUAAAACGGGCUCACUGCACAUGCGCAAUGUGCAGAGGACGGCAUUAUCCUCUUCCUCUUCUGUCAUUUGAGCGUCACUCAGUGGACAGACUCUCUAGUUAUUCUACAACAGGAGAAGAUGUCAUCCUGUUCACUCGCGGGCCUUUUAUUUAUUCUCCUCUUUGUAGGUGCAGCCAGUUUUGAUGGAAGAGAACAAGUAAAAACAAUUUGUAACGGAAAGGAAUUUCAUUUGCCUGUGUACACAAGGUACAGCAGUGUCAUAUUUACCCCGGACGAUGGCGGACCAAAGCGCAUCCUGCUGGAGGAAACCAAUGUUCUGGACUCUCGCUUCAAGUGGACCAGAAAUAUGGUGUUAGUGGUGGAAAAGGUGACUCACGGUGAUCAGGGCCGUUACGCCAUCGGACACAUUCCUGGAUUCACCUUCGAGACUGUGCAUCUGACUGUUAAGGAUUGCUCCAAGAACUACUACCGAAACUAUGGAGACAAAUUUGAGGUCAGAAUCGACAAAGGUGGCGUCUUUCUUGAGUUUUUUCCCCGAGGUGCUCCACCUGAGUCCAUGCCCGUUGUGCUCUGGAAUCAGACCAAUCCCCAAACAAGCAGCGUGGGACGUGGUCGGCUACUGCAAGGUAGAAAUGUCUGGGUGGCUGAAAGAGUGACCCAAGUGGACCAGGGCAACUUCACAGUCAGAGACAAAAAUGGAAAUGUGUUGUCCCGCAGCAUCCUGACUGUCCAUGGGCGCAUCUCCAAUAUAACCCACUUCACCAAAGAGUCUCUGAAUUUGCCCCUCGUUCUUCCUGUUAGUUAUGUCCACCUCACUUUUACACCCACCCAACGCCCAAAUCAUUCCUCCUUGGGCUUUGUGGACCUCCACCCACCCAGUGACCCCAUCCAGUUGAUCCGUGAGGGUAAAAUAAUAGACCACGACGUGCGCUACAGGGGCCACGUCUUUCUGGGCAUGAAUGGUACGACCCACGUGGUCAUUAUAGAGAGGCUGACAUCAGUGCAUGAUGGAGUUUAUGAAAUCAGAGAUGGAGAUGGAAACCUGGUGUCCUCCACCUCAGUACAUGUGAUAGAAAAGAUAGGCAAAUGGAGAGCACUUCUCAAGUCCGUCUCUGUCCCUUCUGGGAUGUUUGUGUCGCUGGCCGGUUUCGUCCUGUUCUUGAAGCGCUACCCACACUGCAGCUUGUCACACAUCAUUACGUGUUUCAGAGGUAACCGUGGACAACCGGCAGCUCACCCCCCAAGAGUAAACAUUCAGACCAACAGACCACGAGCUGGAAACUCCCCUUGUCACAAUACAACUACUGCGAAUAGACCUAUCGAAGAAGAGAGGAGAGUUUCCUUUUCAUUGCCUUGGUCUUCAGAUUGUCUGCAAUCAUCUGAGGACUGUGUUCAAUUCCAGAUCAAAAAUGAAAAAAAGGAAAAUACCAACACUUCUCGGGGCGACUUUUCUACUCUGCCACUGGACAAAAAUAUAGCUGAAUCUGGCAGUGUUUACACUUCAGAGAAGCUGAACUUUUGAACUGACAAUUCAAGUUGAAGAGGAAAAGGAGAUAUCUGGCUCUGAGGCUCUGAGAAACAAUAUGUUUUGGCUCUUGACUUUUGUUGAAAAAAAAAUGCUAUAUGUGCCUUUUAUACCUUAACAUAGUUUAGUAUUGAUAAAGCAUAUUAUUUCCUUCAUGAGAUUCUGCUGAAGUUGGCAUGAGCUUCUGUUUCCCACCUGACUCUUUUAACGGUGCUUCUCAUCUCUACUGCUGUUACCUACCUCCGGAAUCUCAGGAUCAACGCUUGCUGUACUGUAUUCUGCACAUAUGUACUUGCAGCAUGUUUUUCUAUCCAAGGGAAUGUACAAACGUCCUUUUUCUGAUAAAACAUUUACUUUCAAGAUUUGUUUUAAUUCUAUAUAGAGACAUCCAUUCAAUGGAUCUUUUUUAUUUUUACAGCAUGUUGUAUCCAUGUCAUUUUUUUAAAGUUUUAUUUGAAACUCUAUAAAUAAUUGCAGUAAUGUCUGAUGAAAUACAUAAUAGUCCAACAGAUAUUGAAAUGACCUAACCCUUGUGUACAGGACAAUUAUGGUUAUCACUACAUAUUUAAUUGUCAAAACAGGCUGGACUGAAAGGACUGAAAGUGUAGCCUAGAGAAGUUCCUCAAUAUGCAGUGUGACACAUGAUAAUAUUAUUAUGUCUAUGUCAAUUCAUGUACAUGUUUUGUAUAUGUGAUUUGUUUCUAAUAUAUACAAUGUAAUAUAGGUAUAUAUAUAGUAACUGUUGUCUUAUCCUGUUAAGUCCAAAUAAAACCCAUUUUAUUGUGAAAA